CAAAACUGUGCUCCUCGUACUCUUGGUCUCUUUUAAUACAAAGUUAGAACUGAAGCCAACACGAGAAUAAAACGGCUUGAGGGAAAAGACCCAAAGAACAGUUUCACUUUACCACGCUGACAUUCAACAAGUAUUUUUCUCCCUACCUGUUAAUCUUUUCUAAGGAGCAACUUUUUUUUAUCAGGUUGGACCCCACCUCAUCAUCCUCCCAUCCCAUCAGUAUUCCAUCAUUACUGCCUUCAAAUAUCCUCCUCAAAAAAAUCAUUCUGCAGACAACAUUUUUACUUCUUUUUGAUCUGAGUAAGAGAGGGUCGACUUCUUCUCCACACACACACAGAGCCCAUAUUUCAACAAAUUUUGUUCAGUUUUCCAACCAUAAACUUACCACUUACUCACGAAACACUAGUAUUCUAUUGCAACACGGUGUGUAAACGCUAACAGAAAGUACCAAGAGAGAGCGAGAGCAAAGACAUAGAAGCAAAAAGUCGGCCAAGUCAUUUAACCCAGCAGCAGCCAGCCAGCCUCUCAUUACAGAGAAAGAGAAGACUGACAACUGACACAAAAAUCCGAAUUCAUUUGGAGUAAGAAAUCACCAUGAAAGACGAAAAAUUGCCCACUUAUACGUUCGACAAAGUCUCAGAUUGGUUUGACACGGACAGUUUCAAGGUGUUUGUCAAAGUGGUCAAUAGCGGAGAUGUUCUCGAAUUAAGGUCGACGAAAUGUUCCCACUGGGGGGUGACCACCAGAAUACCACAACCGCCGAUUAGCCCAAAGUCAAAGGCAAAACCACCAAAGCCGGUUCCAGACGAGAUCAUGGUGUUUCAUCUCAUCCACUCAUCAAGUAAUCGAGGAAUGGUGGGGCAGUUCACCUUGGAGGAAUUUUGGGCACCUGAUUGCAGAAUACGAAUCAAUAAUUCAAACAUUUCCAAUCUCUACUGUGCAAGUCGUCUAGUCUCCAAGGCUGACGUUUUGCAAAACGCCUUUACGGCUCACGCUUCAACAACGCUAAAGUGGCAAACCUGCGCGGAUUUUAUACGAUGGUCAUCUUGUUUAGAAUCAAACGAUGAUCUCCGAAGCGGAAAUAGCACCGCAAACCAUUCCAGCUCGAGCAUUACCAGCUCAGCCUGUUCAACUGCUAGUCAUUGAUGAUGACAACUUAUUAUUCUUGUUGAAAUUGACAAAAGACUAACCUGAUGCAGUUUUCCGAAAUCAUGCAAAAUUAUUUUGUGAAUCUAUAUUUUCACACUCCUAUAAAUAAACAUUUUACAAUAAUUAUGUGUCGCCGAAUAGUAUAAACUUUCCGUUGCUUGCUGUUACUAUACAAUGCAGACGGAAAGACUUUUUUUGUAUCCCAGUGUCGAAAUCCGAUGAACUACAUGAGAAUGUUUUGUAUGAUUACCGAGUAAUUUGUUUUAAUUAGCUGCUUUCUCAUGUUAUUUAAAUAAAGCAUUGAAAUUUGAAAUUGGCAA